UAUUCACAGUCGGUGAGGAUAAGCGCUUCUGCCUUCUACAAACAUGAGUCUAUUUUUGAUCAGUUUUCUUCUGUUCUCUAUUCUUAUGACAAGCGACGCAACUUUUGUCAAAACCGACACAAUGUGUCGGGACACACCUUGUACCGAGCAAACCGACAAAAUGUGUCGGGACUCUUGUGUUCGCAAAGGAUAUUCAAGUGGAAGAUGUAAAUUCUACACGGGAAUGUUUCUACAGUGCAGGUGCGAUCCAGAGGGAAGGAUUUGAAUAUGCUUGGUUUCAAGGCACAUUUACAUCAAACGUUUCCAACUUUGUGCAUGAAUUU